ACAUUUUGGAAGCACCGACCUCUUCUGAACCACUAACUGUCACGGUUCCUAUCCCUUAAGAUUCUGCCAAAGCCCUGGGCGAGUUACUGGGCUUUACGUCAUUGGUGACCAAUAAAUCCACGGCUACCGCGAGAUAUCCACCCACGCACGUUCGAACCUUGAUCAACCCAAAGGCAAGUUAACCGGGGAGAGCGCAGCUGAGGGCAAAAUGAGACGAGUAGGCGAGUUGGACAUGGCCUCGCGUGUGUCCGUAUGGGCAUGAGAGCGCGAAUCUCGGCCUUGAACGACGUACAGGCACACAUGCACAUACAAAGGCCCAGUUGAACACACGCACGAACGCGUUUAGGCCGACGAACGAGGAGGUGCGGUCGUACCGACAACUCUAAUCGACGGACACAUUCGCCUUCGAUCUGGGCGCCUAUCGCCCCACGCCCUAGUUUCCGAGUUGGCUACUCUGUGAACAGCCGCUUUUACGUUUGUCGUAAAUUCUUGUGUCAAUUGCUUUGGGGUUCAUUCGAGCCACCUAAUACAGCGAAGUGAUCAAGCCCUUAUUCGCCCACGAUGCCACAGUGCUGCUUCGCUGGAUGUCACAAUCGCACUGAUGACGGGCGAGGUUUGAGCUUUUUCCGUUUCCCCCGGCGCGACGAGGUCCGCACCGAAUGUUGGGUGCAGGCAUGCGGCCGAAAAGCGUUUGUGCCCUCCCAACACUCACGUGUGUGUUCAGAGCAUUUUAGUCCGGACGAUUUUGAACGCGACAUCCGAUCGGAAUUACUGGGCUCGAAUCACAGACGUCUACGGUUGAAAGAUACAGCGAUACCGAGUCAUGCAACACCGCUGAAGCCAGAUGAUAGGGACGCAGGAAAAGUUGAAAGUUGGAAACUGGAGUUGAGCAAAGUGGUGGAAACCGGUGCGGAAUCAGCGGCAAAUAACAUGGCCGAGAAAAGACCGCAAGACUCAUUGUCAGCAAAUUCUUUCGAUCUUCCCCCAAAGAAGGUUUUCGUUGAUGACGAUGUAUUGGACUUGAGCCGACGAACGCAGGCUGCUGGGUCAUUUGCUGAGAAAAGAGUGGACAAGUAUGAUGAGGACGUCAUAUUCCUCAGUGAAGACGAAGAUGAGUUGAUGAUUGAUUCACUCAGCAAGGAAAUAGAAAAAGAAAAUGCUCCGGACUCCGAAUCGAUUAAAAAGUCAAAGUUAUUGUUAAGGAAAAUUGAGAAUGAUUUGAGAAACGAAGAGUGUGCUCUUAUGUUGCUGCAACAGUUACGGUCCAGCCAACGCUCCCACCCUGUUCAACCGAAAGGUGCUAAGUUUUCCCAGAACGCACAAAUUGCACCGAAAGCUAUUCAAAAUACAUCCCAAUCUCGCCCUAGUAAUACCCAACUGGCCUCUCGCCUACCAAUCUCCUCCCAAGCCCUUCGUACUUCUCAAGCUACUUGUCCAACAUCUGCUCUCCCGGUUACUAGCACUACAUCGGCGAAUCCUGCUACAAAGUUCACGAGGGCGAUGGCCACUCAAGCUCUGGAGCAACAGUACAACGGAAAGAAGGCUGUGCUUCUAAAACACCUCGAACGUGCUCUAGAUAAAAUCAGCCUUCCACGACCAUCUGGAGGUGCAGCCUUUUCGGAAGUUGCUUUCGUUCCGAGCACUUUGACGAAUGAGUUCACUUCUCUCAUAGGGCUAGAGGAAGUAAUCAGCGCUCUACAGGAUUUUGAUGCGUAUAGCACCGAAAAAUCUGACCACUUGCUUGCAUGCGAACCUUUCGUAUGUGCGCGAUGUGGGACCGACUUCACUCCAGUUUGGAAACGCAAGCGGCCUGGGUCCACCGAGGUGGUUUGUGAAGUGUGCAUUAUAGAUAGCCAACGCUCUGCCAUUCACAAGUCGUACAACAACGUGGUUUUCGCUGCUGUGAAGCAGUAUACUUUAUCAGAAAAGGAGGUGGAGCAGGAGUAUCAAGAUGUGAUCAACUCCCCCGCCAAGUUAGAUGCUUUCAUCAGGGAUCAUGAACGCAAACUCGCUUCGAUACAACCGACUCAAACGAACCAACAGCAGCCAUCACAACAGCAACAGCAACAGUCACAGAGCACUUCCCUUCCCUCUCAGAGGUAUCACCAGAUUCAGAAUUUACAAUCACAGAAUGCGUUUACUAACUCCAAACACGGUCCAACUGCGCUUACGGUGAAUAACUCGGUGCAUAUUUCAAUACAGGGAGCAAAUGCUCGUCGGCAAGCACCAAGCACUUUGGUUUCUUCAGCGAGUGCGCCCGCUUUGGCCGUUUCUCAACAGCAUCCCCAAUCUGGACACACUGCGGCCGCCAGCGUGGCUCAACUAUUGGCUUCGCAAUAUCAGCAACUGAGCAAAGUGGUGGCAGCCGCGGCCACUGGAAAUCAGUCCCAAACGAACUACACGGUAACCAACAAUCCCGCAAAUGUUACUGCCGGUCUGAUGAUGGCCGCUGCUGUAUCCAAUCCAAUGCUUGUGGCUGCUGCCGCCGCGAACGCCUCUAACCAGCAGCAGCAACAACAACAGCAACAAGCCACCGCCCUCGCUGCUCUCCAACAACGUUUGGCCGCAGCUGCCGCUUUGGGCGAAUUGCAACAGCCUCAACAGACCCAGGGGAAUACCACAUCCUCUACUACCACCGAUCAGUUUAGCCAAUUCACGCAGAUGCAAGCUUUGCUGAUGAACAGUUUACUUUGUAGCGCCGCGGCGACUGGGGGAACCCAGUCCACUGGUAACCGGCAACAGCAACAAAUGCUUCAACAGGCUUUGUUCCAGUACAGUUAUAUUCUGCAGCAGCAACAACAGCAGCAACAAGCUGCAGCCGCCGCCCAGGCUCAACAGCAGCAUGUUAAUGUGGCUGCUUUGCAGCAAUUGAUGGGUGGCGCGGUGAAUAACCCAGCCACUGCAAUGGCUCUGUUGACCAAUUUCUGGAAUCUUAACGCAGCUUCAGGUUCCGCGAGCAAAAAGUGAUACUCUCACCAUUCUCACUUCACAUGUUCUAGCUUAAAAGACUACUUUCCCGCUCUUUCUGCCCACUGUAUUACUAAGAUGAACUUUUUGUCGGCGCAUGUUUUUCUUUCAUGUACUGUUCCAUGACCCACUCAAUCUCUCCUGUCCCCUGUGUGUUAACCCUCUCCACAAGCAAUGACCACACUCUUUGCAUAGGAUUUCUUCGUCCUACGGACCCACUGUCCAACAAUCACUUCCUGUUCCACUACCCAUUUGUCUGCAUGUCAUCUAUUUCUCAGGCUUGCUCUUCUUUUUCUUUUCUGGUCAUUUUGUACAUAUAUACAUCUACUGUGGAUGUU